CAUCUGCUCAGCGACGGGACUGGAGGCGACUUCACCCCGGUUCACUGGAGGCACUGGAUGAAAAUACACAACAAGACAGACCUUGGUUUCAAACUGUUGGACCUGGAGCUAUUAUGCAGCAUGAGCCCGUCAGGACCUCACCUGUGGUUUUUGUCUGUGAAAGAAGACCCUCCAUGAUGUCCUCCAGUGACUCUGCCCCUCAAAACUUUGCUGAAAUGCUGCCGACAGAGGUUAGUGUGAAGAUCUUCAGCAAACUGGAUGCAAAGAGUCUGUGCAAUGCCUCACGGACCUGCAAGCUGUGGCAUCGCAUCAUCGAGGAGAGCGAGCAGCUGUGGAGGAGGCAGUGUCUGCAGGUCUGCGUUACGUGUCAGAGGGAGGUGGACAGUGACAGGAGGGACGGCCUGUCCUGGAAGGUGACCCUAAUGAGGAACUACACUCGCAGCUGUCUGAAGGCAGACUGGCUGAGGGGACGAUACAGCCAUGUGCGCUCAGCAGAUGAGCUGAGUGGAAGGAAGAUGACGCCGCUGGAUGCCGAGACGUGGGGGGAGAUCCUGCAGGCCGAGCUGGACAGAUGACCCACGGCAACGGUUUACUAGCAGUGUUUAUUUAAAGAUUUUUUAAACAUAAUAUACAUUUUAUACUCAGUUUUAUAAACACAAAUAAUUGUACAUAUGUUUUUAAAAAACUUUUUUAAGAAAGGUGAAGCUGUUUCCUGAUGUAAAUAUGGCUGAAAUGCCUUAAAUCACAUCUUUGUGAAGAUUAUGAUGUAGAUUUUGUCUUUGAAAACUCAGAAACGGCAUUUAGCUGUGUGGAAUUAAACAACCAAAAAAAGAUUUUGUAUUUCUAUAAGUGGGGUCAAAUUAUGGAAUAAUUUAACUGUGGACA